CACACUGACUGAGAAUAACAUUCUUAUUUAUUUAGAUUUUUUGCAAAACAGCCAACAUAAAAUUGUGACGUAGCCAUAGAAAACGAGUAUCAAAAUGCAGAAGACGGCGACGCUUUUCGUAGUCGCGUUGGCGCUUAUUUCAGCCGCCUCCCGCACAGCCGCAAAGUCCGACCCCGGUAUUGUCGACAUCAAAGUUUAUGCAGAUAUGCCAUAUAUCAGGGAACAGCGACCACUGCUGGCGAACACAAAGAUCUACACGCAAAUUGUGGCAUGCACAUCCAAGGUGGAGACGAAUCUGACCAUAACAUUUAAGCUGACAGAGCAUCCUUGCAUCUUCGAUGAUCGAACGCUGCAACUAAUAGCGGAAAACCCCACGCAGCAACAGAACUCGAGCAUAAACAAUGUUAUUGUACAGGUAACAAAGACUUAUGCAUGCAAUGGUCUGAUUGUCCUAGUUGGCGACAAGGAAAAGGCGACGGAAGGAGUGCCGUCGACGCCGGAGCCGAAGCAUCCCAUGAAGGAAAACAAACAUCCACUUUCGCCCACAACCAAUUCGGUGGCCACCGUCAAGGAGGAUGGCAUAUACGAGAUUGAAGUGAACAUAGCACCGGGACUACCCAAUCAGCAAUUUAAUGCCAUAGUGCACAUUGAGUUCCUGGGACCGCAUGGUUUUAUCUCAGCCAUAGACUGGCCAUUCCUGCCCUUCUAUCUGGUCAUGUGCAUUGUUUAUGUGAUCUUUGGCAUCAUUUGGCUGUUUGUUUCCUUCUCCCAAUGGCGAGAUCUUUUGAGAAUUCAGUUCUGGAUUGGUGGCGUCAUACUGCUUGGCAUGCUGGAGAAGGCCUUCUUUUACGCCGAGUACCAAACUCUCACCAACACUGGAGUGGCUGUGGAACACGCGGAACUGGUCGCCGAAUUUGUUUCGUGUGCGAAGCGCACUCUGGCUCGAAUGCUGGUCAUCAUUAUGAGUCUGGGCUUUGGCAUUGUCAAACCUCGCUUGGGUCCCAUGCUGCAUCGAGUUGUGGGCGUGGGCACUCUCUACUUUGUGCUGGCCUGUGUCGAGAGCUAUUUGCGCAUAACCAAUGUGAAGAGCGAUCGCAGCGAGUUGCUGGUGGCCAGCAUACCUCUUGCAGUGCUCGAUACAGGCAUCUGUUGGUGGAUAUUCACCUCCCUGGUGCAGACAACCAGAACGCUCAGGCUGAGAAGAAACAUGGUGAAGCUAUCGCUGUAUAGGCAUUUCACCAACACUUUGAUCUUCGCUGUUAUCGCUUCUGUCAUCUUCAUGCUAUUUGCAUUGCGUUUGCGUAGAACCGAGAACUGUACGCCUGGCUGGCGUGAUAUCUGGAUCGAUACGGGCUUCUGGCACAUUCUGUUCUCUGUGUUGUUGCUGGUUAUUAUGAUACUAUGGCGACCGACAAAUAACAAUCAACGCUACGCCUUCACACCACUCCUCGACUGUCCCGAGGAUGAGGAUGAUGAGGAUGAGGAAGAUCAGUUUGUGGCCGAUGCUUAUGGCGUUAAAAUGCGGGGACAGAAUGGCACGCCGAAGUCUUCGACAAACUCGCGCACAGCCACAACCACUGAAGAAGACGAUCUGCGUUGGGUGGAGGAGAAUAUACCCUCAUCGAUGGCGGACUCUGCUCUGCCCGUGCUCGACUCGGAUGAGGAAAUCAUCAACACCAAGUUCGAAGUUUCCAAAAUGCAAUAAGCUGUGACUUACGCCUGGAACUAAGAGACUUUUUAGCAUAUUUUAUGUUGCACAAUCUACAUUUUAUUUCAACAUGAGAACGAGUUGCAACCAAGGCAAGCGAAGAAGGGAGAAAAGAAAUGAUUGCUGGACAAGUAUUUGGAGCUGUGCUGCUGCCGCUGCUGCUGAUCUUCCCCCACUUACGAUACAAGUGUUUCCGCAAGUGUAUUUGAAAUGUCUGCACUACGAAAUUGUGUGUUUGCUUUUUUCAGCCACGCUUUCUGAGCCCGUGUAAAAUAUUGUAUGUAAUCGUAGUUACUUUCGCUCCACACCACACACGUUCUCCCACUAAAUAAAUCCUAACUUAUUCGUAAUACCUAGCCUAAGUUGUAGAUAUCUAUGCGACACACACAAACACACCUAAUUUAUGAACUUUCGAACGAUAAUUUUGGUUACUUGAAUAAGUAAAUGCAUAUAGAUCGAUCAUAUACAUAUAUAUUGAUGUCCCUCGCCUCUUUGUACAUAGCUCGUAACACACACAAAUAAACGAUAUAUGUAUGUAUUCGGUAAUACUUAUGAUAAAAAAA